AUGACGACUAAGACCAUUCAUGGGAACUCGCAAUUCCAGAAGCCCUCCUCUCUAAGCUGGACGUGGGAGUCACCCGGUGGAGGUACCAAAGUUCUAUACGGGAUCGGACCAUCGCCUCCUCCGAGGAAGAUUUUCUUUCACAAGGAGAGCAGAGAAAGCCGUCAAGUUUGGAGAGAGAAAUCCCAGGACUAUCAUCAACUGGGACCUCUUCGCUACGUUAGCUGGUUUUUGGAAGAUUCCGCAGUGGACAACAUCGACGAGGAAUAUGACCCGCUCGUUGAACACCCUCGCACGAAGAAGGUUGAGAGUUCUAAAACCACCAAGAGACGCCGGUCUCUUGAAACUCUUGAGCUGAUACGCCAGCGUGGAGCAGCGCAAGCCGCAGGGAACCAAGAACUCACGUCCGUGCUCGCAAGGCUUUGCAGAGAGGCGACAAAGGAAGAGCUUAAAGAGAGAAAAGCAGAACUGCUGGCUGAAGCUGCAGAGGCGGGGAAAAGCGUCCGUUAUGCCCGUCGAGACUUUGCCAGUCGCAAGACAAGGAUGACUGCUGUCCGGAACCCGAGGGGAACAACCAUUGCAUCGAGAAAAGGGAUGGAGAAAAUCAUCUACGACUUCUACUCUGAUCUCUUCGACAGCCAUGUCCACUUGCCUCCUGACCAUCUGAGGGAAGACGGACAUAUCACUCCAGAUGUUCUCCCGUCCGAAAUACGGCACCCGGCCCCGACAGAAUAA